UGGCUAUGACAAUCAGAGAAGUGUGAACGACUGCGAUAAAGAAGUAUAUAAUUUUUGACUGAAUUCUCUUUUCACAAUUCGACCGAUGGAAUCAGGUCAUAACAAAGCCGAAAUUAAGAGCUAUUCUGAGUCUCAGGAUGGUGUUUUGCUGAAAGAGUCGCCGUGUUGAUGUAGGUACCGUUUGAUCGCCUCUAUCUCUGCUGAACGUCAAUUCUUCCUCCGGAAUCGGCAAAGAUCGCUCCCCUAAAGAUUCGGCCUGAUUCCUCGAGCUCCCGUGGCUCUGACCAAGGGAUAGGGAAUCAUGUCAGCAAUGUAUUCAACAGCAUCAUCCGCCUAUUCUUCUGCACCCAAUAGCAUGGGUGUUGGUCCCAGGCAGAGAAGGACCAAACGAAGAGCGCCAGUUCCAAAUAAUCAAUCAGGACCUUGGAGGGAUUCAUCCUGGGUCCAGAGUUUCUCUUCCCAAGGACCCAGCCCUCUAGGAAAUCCCCAGGACCUCAAUCCAGCAUUUGCUUUGCGGAAGAUUGUUCUUCUUCUAGAGAAAGAGAAAUAUGUUGACGUCUCGCAACUCAUUAACCAGCUCAACAAUGUUACCAUCAAGUCUGUCCUGCAUGAAUUGCCUAUUCAUACUUUUAUUGAAAACAUCCCAGAUUCCCUUGUCGCAGUAGAGAGUUUGUAUUCUAAACUGUUUGUUCUAGACCCAGAGAGCUUCCCUGUGGAAAAGCUAGCUAUUGAAGCUACAGUUUUCCAGAUUGUCCGACACUUAGCCUUGGCAGACUCCAUGCUUGAUGGUGGCUCCUAUGAAGCAAAUGAUGAAACGAACAAGUCUAUUAGAAACAUCUUACAAAUUGUCCUCUUUGUCAAGCCAGACAUUGUUUCUGUAGUCCAUGCUCGGAAAAAGAUGAUGGACAAUGCCCUCCAAGGGAUAGGUGAGCACAGCUUGGUCAAAGUCGCAGGAUCUCUCAUGAACCUUCAUGAUGGUCUCAAAAUUGAAUUUGAGAAAACUACUGCUUCCUACAAAACAGCCAUUCAACAGCUUGAACAGCUGAGCCUCUCCAACCCAAAACCGGUCACACUGAAAUCAUUUGCAAAUCGAUCGCUUCCCUCUGCAAACCACCAAGUCCUGAUGACAUACACUGAAGGAGAAAUCCAAGAAAGGCUCUUCAAGAACAAGACUGUGUUGAAUGCUGUUGAAUCCAAUAUGACCAGUCAGCUUCCACACUUGAUCCAGAACCUCAAGGAAAGGAUUGAAAAUGACAAGAAUGCACUUUUGGCAUUUGGGAGAUUACGCCGGGAGAUUAAGGGCAUAGCUGGUGAUGCCAAAGUAGCUCCUGUACUGACUCAGUACUCAAAAAGUCUCAGGUCUGUUCUAGAAGUCUUCAAAGUUCUCUUGGAAGAGCAAUACCCAGAGAAAAAGACACAGAAUCUCAACUUCUCAGACCAUGAUGACCAAGUCCUAAAGCUGGAAGAUGUGGAGGGAGUGCCAUCUAAAGAUUCUGCUAAUUUGGAUGCAGAUAGAAGCAAUUCUACUGAUUUUUAUGCUGGUAUAUCGGAUGCUGACAUACCACCUCCGCCCAAUUAUUCCCCGCCUCCAAUACCCCCCAUGACUCCGCCCACUUCACCCCACUCCGAGACAGAGAUGGGGAACUCCUCGAUGCCAUCCAAGGAGGUGCAGCGCAGGCGAGCCCGAUCCCGUGAUCGUAGCAGGAGGAAGAAAGCACCAAAAUCGAGGGCAACAUCGCUGGAUCGAAGCCAGGUGGUGAUAUCGCGGCCAGAGAGGGAGAGCGUGGAAGAUAGUAGGGACUUUCAGGUGAUGAUGAAGAGGAUCAAUUCUGUUUCUGCUUCUUCACCAGUAUCUCCACAGGAAAGGGAAUAUUUCUCCCAGUUUGGAGCAAUUCCAUCCAUAGGGCGACGUGGGCUGGAGAAACGAGGAAUCAGUCCGAUGCGUAAUGGAGCAAGAAGUGGGUCCGUGUCUCCGUCAUCGUAUCGACGCCAUCUCCUCGGAGAAGAUAUGCCUCUUUCUGAACUAUCGCAGAGGCCUGAGAUUGAAAAAGAUCAGCUUAAGGGAGAGAGUCGGAGAUCAUCCUUGUCGUCCACCUCGGACAUUCAUAAGUCUACCAAUUCAUCCCGUCGCCAAGCCAGGCCAACCUCCAUGUAUGUGACUGGGUCCGUAAGCCCUGAUGGCGAUGAUACUUACUCAAUGCUUAUGGAUGAAUCUUCUAAGAGAGAAGCAGUGGAAAAAGAGAGAGACAAGGUUAUUCGGAUGCAUUAUCAGGCGCAGACUGAACUGCACAAGACUAAAGAGGAUCUCCAUACAGCAUUAGAGAAGAUCAGCAGACUGCAAGAGAAUGAGAGAAGAUUGAAUCAAGAAGUAACCAAGCUCUCGUCACAUCCUGGACUCACCAACAACAAUGACGCCAAUGUUGUGAAGUCCAAACGGACCAUCGUGGGUGAUCUUCUGUACGAGUAUGACAAGCUAUUUACCAAUGACCGUGCCGAGGCAUGGGUGUCUCUCAACCUUAUGUCUGAACAGAAACAGUUUGAGGACAGUGAUGACCUGAAGGAUAAAGUUCUCUUCUCUGUCAUUGUGCUUGCCUUCAGGACUGCCAAGAAUACCCUAGAGUCAAUUCAGGGUGGGGUCCAGCAGCUACUGAUGAACUCAAAUAAACAGACAAAUGGUGAAGCUGGUGGUAACCAUGGCAACAACCAAAGCAAACAAAAGACAAAUGGAGAGUUGCUUCAGUUCCUAAGAAGGCUUGGGGAGGGCUAUGACCUGAGUCCACUGGUAAAGGAUGUUGGAAAGCAGCUGUUCACUGCGCUCUACGACUACCCAAAACUGAAGACGUCGGCUGAGCUUGGUAGCUUCAUUGAACGCUGCGUGUCAUUGGCCUGGAGACUGACCAUCCAGGAUCCACCACUGACCAUCACCUACGACAACAUGACAUUCACCCAGGAUGUUCACCAGAGGGCGCCAGCCACGAACAAGAGAUCAACAACGAUUAGAUCAUAUCUAUGGCCUUGUCUUGUUGAGGAGAGUACAGGAAUGUGUGUGUAUAAAGGAGUAGUCCUGACCUGAGUCUUCAAGGAUAUUUUAAUCCCUUGCUACUAAAUGCAUAUCCUCUGGGAAGAUUUUAUGAAAGGACUUGUUGGAUGUUCUCCCCGAUAGAGAUUUUUUAAAUCAAACAGUUACCAUAGUAACAGUCGGACACCUAUGCUUCUCAGCAACCAAAAUGGAAUAAGUUCGUCAAAUCUGACACUUUGUCUGCCAGCAAAAAUUGAUGAAGUGCUCUCCUGACAGUCACUAGAUUAGUACCGCACGAUCAUGACAAUCAAAGUAUAUCAGGAAGUUUUUUACUAGGGAAAAUUCGACCUUACAUUUACAAUUUUCAUUACAGAUUUUCCAAGUGUACAUUUUUUCUUCUCAUUUUAGUCUUCUUCUGUGUAAUUAUGUAACUUCUUUUGCUGCCACUUUUUUUUCCUCUUCUUCUUCUAUCUCUUAAGUCCUUUCUUACACUUUAACCUUUACCUUUCCUCCUAAUUUACAUACAACUAAAUUGGCAAAUUGUUUUAUUUCCACCCUAUGCAUUACAGUCUACACAUGUGACUUAUUUCUUCCGAAUCCAUCCUUAAAUCCAUGAUGUUUUCUAUUUUUUGUAAUGUAUGAUUAAUUCAUGUCCAUUACCAGUAAUUUUACAAUACAUAUCAUCGGCGAUCACAUGAAUCUUUCAAGCAGUAGGUUUGGGGUCAAAACAGAAAUUUUGAUGUUUUACCAGAAAAUAAAAGAGGAGGCAGUAUUAUAUAUUGCAAAAAAUCUUCUUAUCUUCAGAGACAUAAAUGUUUUCAAUGCAAGGACAUAGAAAACAUUUUUCUCAUUGACAGCUUGUACUAUAAUAAAGCCAUACAACAACUGCAUGCAUUUUAUAUGCAAAGUUUUCAUCAAGACCUCAACUAGCUGCUGUAUUUGUCUUUAUUGUCUUUGCAAGUACAAGAGUGAUACAACAGUUUGGAUGAAUGUGCAGUCAGUAGUGUUGUAUUGCCAAUUGCAGAUUUUGCACGCAGAAAUGCUUCCCCGCUCGAACUGAAAAUUCAGUCGUUUAGCUAAAGCUCUUGCAAUUUUUCCUCAAAUUCCCAAAUUUGAGGUAAAUAAAGAUACAAUUACAAAAUUUAAGAAGUGAUCUUGGGAAUUUUCAGAUGGCUAUUCACAAACAGUGCCAAUAUGAUUCUGUUUUCUUGACAUUAUGUUUUACACAAGUUUCUAUUGCAAUACAAUGGUUCAUGUGACCGCCGACAAUAGAGAGAAAUAUAUAAUUUUGAUGUUCUGAAAUCAGCUCUUUAGAAAUAGAUUUAGUGAAAUCUAAUCAAAAAUGCAAAAGAUCACCUUGAUACAUGUAGUGCCUUUUUAUAAUCUCACCAUCAAAUGCUGCUUAUAUUCUUGUGAAAAUCUAUUUUUACCAUCUGUAUGAAUAUAAAUAUAAAGUAAAAACACAAUGAUACAAUAUUUUUAUGGGUAUACAGAAACACAGGUGGUGGAAAGAAAUAAGUAAGGAUAUUUUAAUGAUAUUCAUGAUACUUGUUAUAAAAACUGCACGUUAUUAGUCCUUUCUCAGAUUUGCUAUACUUAUCAUGAAUGAACAUAUUUUGAUCUUCCAAACUAGUUAACGUGUGAAAUUCUGUAUUCAAGAAACUUAGUUAUAUGAAAUACUAUUGGCAUUAUCUUGUGUUCAAAUUAUUCAAAUUACAGGGUAUUUGUGUGUGAUACACUUAUUCUAAUCCAAAUCAAACCGGUUCCAUCAUAAAGAAUGAACCUAUCACCAAAUAAGGUAUCUUUAUUAGUGAGUAUCCCAUCAAUGUAUAAACAUUUCAUAUGAUACUACAUGUCUUAAUUGUCACUGUAUCCAGGAAAAUGGUACUCAAUUUGAAUGUUUUUUUACACAUGUGACAAAAAGGGUACUUUUCACUUGAUGUACAUAAUACAGUUUUUGAGGUUAGAAAUGCAAUAGAUGCCAAUUUCCCUCACCCCUAUUUCAGUGAAAUAACUGUAAAACUAAUAUUAUGUAUGUAUCUUUUGUAUUGUAACAUCUAAUCAUUUUUUAACCAUUUUAAAUGGCAGGUUCAGCAUAUAUUUACAGGAGUGUAACUUACCAACUUUAUAUCUGCUAAGCUACAUUUAUAUAUUAUUUUGUAUGGAGAUGACUUUGUUAGUUAAAAAACAGUGUAUUUUGGGGUUAAUAUUUAUCCAUUGCUUGUGAGUUAUAAACAUAUAUUUUAUCGGUAUUGCUUUGUCUAGCAUUUUAAAGACGAGAGUACAUUGCUUUUAAUGUUAUACAACAAUCAUAUUUCUGGUUUACUUGAUUUUCCUUCAAACUAUGAUUAACAUAAGUCAAUAGGCUGGUCCCAUAGGCUGUAUGAUAAGUAUUCUUAAUGAAAAAAAAAUGUAUUCUGUUGGAUUGUUUUUCACAAUGAAUGAAACACUAUCAAUUUAUAGUAUGUAGUAUUAACCUCUUCAAAGCACAUAUUAUUGAUUUAGUGCUAUAAAAACAAUAAUAUGCAAGUUAAUGUGAAGUUCUUUCUAGAUGAAUCUUGCUUCAGAUGAUUGAACUUAUGGUAGCCAUAACUGGGAAGGGGGAGGCUUCCAAAGAAAAAUAAAAGGACUUGCAGUUAAUGACGCAAUGAGCCAGUUACUUUGGUAUGCAAGUCCAUGUUAUAACUUUCAUGUACCCCACGUAUCCACUUUGCUUGGCUAUCGAUUCCGGUGCUCACUUGAUGCACCCCCCCCCCCCAUUGCAUUACAGUACCUGAAGAAGAAAAAACACAGCACCUUUUAGCCAAAAGUUCACUGAUUAAAUAAGUCUCACACAGAACCUCAAAAUGAUCUGUGAAAUAUGUUGAAUGGGUGUUUACAUUUAUAUGGAAAGGAAUUAGAAUACAUUAAUUAUUAGGAAAAAAAUCUCACAAAAAAUUGUUUCAUCAUUGCACUAUUUAAUGUUGAAUGAUAAUAGGUUUGAUUCAGUGUUGUGUAUGAUUUUACAAAUUGUGUAGAGGUGUAUUGUUAAUAUAUAACAAGCUGUGUCAGUACUAACUACUUUUGAAAUGUACAGAAUUUUUAUGAAGAAUAUUAACCUUUUCCAUGGAGAUUACUAUUGUAGUAGUGUUCUGAAUGUCAAUUCAAUUUCUAUGGUGUUUGUGUGUGGAAAGUCUUCAAAUACUUUUGUCCCAAUAGUCUCAUGACUAUUGCAUUCCCAUUGCGUUAGUAUAUUAACUUCUUGUGUAGUACACUCAAUUUAUGCAAGCUGAAAACAGUUGAAAUAGGAUGAAAUACUGGAAGAUGAAAUUAACCAAUGAAAUAUACAGGACAUGUAUGUGCUUGUUUAAAGUAAACAUUAAGUGCUUACUCUUUAAUUUAAUUAUAAAUAAUGAUGAUGUUCUUUGUGUGAAGACAUGAUUUGACCCUGUAUUUCAGAAAUGCAGCUUACUUUUGGAUACUUGUAAUAUGGAUAUGAAUCGUUUAACAUAAAUUUGCUUCUUUUUAAGAGGAAAAAAGGUGAUGUUAUAUCUUGAUAUCCAUUUUGCUUGUUUGACUAAGCUUUUUGUAAGAAGUGAAACCAUCUUCAAAGUUGGUAUUGAAGUUCUAUCAGCCACACUGUCUUAUGAUUUAUAUGUGAGCAUUGAGUGUUAUAAUAUGAGGCCCAUAUAGGCCUGUUGAGCCUACAUGCAUAUACCUUACGGUAUAGUCACUUCAUGUUUGAUGUAAAUCUGAUAAUGAAUGUAUUGAGUGCUUGAUCCUCUUAGAGAUUUCAGAAAAUCCUUGUUCUGAUUAUACAAUACUACUCCACCAUUGAUAAGCAUUUUGAUACAUCGUUGAUGCACAGAUUACAAUAAAAGCAGAUUAUGAUUAUCAUAGUAAUCCUAUUUUUCUUGUUAGAUGAAAACUACCUUACAUAGACAGACAUCACCUGUAACCAGGUAUUUUUUUCAAAUGAUUAAAAAUUUACUAAGGUAGGAAUGAUCUGAUGAUGCCUGUGUGAUGUCCCUCUAACAUGGACUUUUCAGUUCAUUCACAGUUUGAAAUGUAAUUGUAACUAAUUAUCAUUUCUUCCUCAAAAGUGCAUUAGUGCAUGAAUACAGGACAUGAGAGAAGAUUAAAACUAGUGUCCAACUGACCAUGCACUGUUAAAACAACCCUGACUGAUUAAAAAGAAAAUUUGUCAAAAGAUGUGUGACAUAUUUUCUUUAAAGAAUAGUUUUAUUGUCCCAUUUGUAAUAUCAUUCCACAGUUAUAAGAUAUACCAUUGUUACUAGAAUAAUCCAGAAAAUAAUUAUUCACAUUAAUAACAUGCCUUUAUCUUUUUAAUGCCUACACUAGUCAUGUCCAGUUCAAAGUUAUGUGUUAUAUACAUCUAAAUGCCCUAAUAUCUGAUGACUUGUUUUGUAACGAAAAUUGACAUUUAUUGAAAAUCAAGCUAGCUGCUUUUGAAUCAGUGCCAAGAUUAUCACUGAAAUUGUGUAUCCCUUGAUCACGUUGAUGUCAUAUUAUGAAUCAUGAAUCUGUGUUUUCUUCAGAUUAUUCCCUUUACAUCUAUUUUUUAAAGCAAUUAUGUUAUGAUAAUCUGUCAGUUCUUUAAAGAAACAGGAGUUUAGCCAUGUCACAAUGGUUUAUUGAUGAAAGUGAUACACUACCAUGGAGAAAGAAAUCCAGGGGCACCCAAACACAAAAUAUCUGACACAAGUGGAGUUGUUUUUUAAAUUGUUAUGAGAUUUCCAUCUCCCUUCCAACUGAUCAGACAGCAUUUGCUUUAGUUUUGAAUCUUUUGUAAAAAGAUUUUCUUCAAUUUUAAUUUGGCCUCCCCAUCAAGAUAUUGCUCAUGGGACAUGUGCCCCCCUCCCUCGCAUAAUCAAAUCCAUGGAUAAGGACUAUCGAGUAAUAAAAGACAAAUAUUUUAUCAAAGACACAAUAUACACUUAAUUAUCAAACAGCAACAUUUUUUCAUGAUUAAUAUCUUCCUUUUAGUGUAACUUUUUAAGGGUGGGUUUGACAAAAAGACACCACUUAAAACACCAUUUUGUAAAAUUCUGCAAUUAUCAUAAAUAUCUGACACAACUGGAAGUGAUAUUUUAUUAUUUGAGAUUUUCACCUCCCUUCCAACUGAUCAGACAGCAUUCCAAAUAUUAUUAUUCCAUCUAGUUUCUUUCAUAAUGUUUUAGUGUAUUAUAUGGAAUUAGGGUGAUUAGUUGUGACAUUUUGUAUGUGGUUUGUAACUUUUAUAAAAAUCAAUGAAAUUAAAAAUCUGGUAUAUGUAAGUAGGAUUUGAUACCUGAUAAAAGAAUGGUGCAGGAUUGCCGUUUUGUAUGAAAUUUACAAAAAUAAAAACAUGGAAAAAAGGAAAGACAUGAGAAAUAUGUCUUCAUUGCUAGU